AUGAGGAGUAUCUCUGGACCUGAUGAUGAAUUCACUGCUAGGGAACAACUAAAACAUCAAAUGUACCUUGUCAUCUGUCAGAUUGUUGAAGAAGUGUGCCCAGGUCACAGCGUUUUCCGGUUGCGCAAACCUGUUUGGGAUAAAUGUCAUUCUCUUCGGAUGAAUGGCUAUAAACAGAGUGCAUUUGAUCGCUCCUUAUUCACUAAGCACCAAGGAGAAGAGGUGGUCAUUAUACUGAUAUAUGUGGAUGAUUUGCUAAUCACUGGGAGCUGCUCCAGUCUAAUUAAUGAUGCCAAGACAAUUUUACAUAGUAAGUUCAAAGUCAAGGACUUAGGCACAUUAAGAUAUUUCCUGGGAAUUGAAGUCUCAAGAUCAAAGAAAGGGAUCCUACUUAAUCUUAGAAAGUAUGCUUUGGAAUUAAUCUCGGAGACAGGUUUGAGUGGUGCAAGGCAUUUUGCUACUCCUAUUGGAUUGAAUCAAAAAUUGACAACAGUGGAAUAUGACACAUGCAUUGGGAAGAAAGGAGAUUCAGAGUUAGAAGACAAAUCAGCCUAUCAAAGAUUGAUAGGAAGAUUGCUAUACUUAACUAUUACUAGGCCUGAUAUAAGCUUUCCAGUACAAACCUUGAGUCAGUUUAUGCAAAAACCCAAACAGUCACACAUGGAGGCAGCAUUGAGAGUGGUGAGAUACAUCAAGGGAGCACCAGGAAUGGGGUUAUUGAUGGAAGCAGGAUCAAUUGAUCAACUUAGUGCAUACUGUGAUUCAGAUGGGCAUCUUGCCUCAACACAAGGAGGUCUGUGA